CUGGAAUUUGUAUUGCUUUAAAAUUUCAACUGUAUGCUUAUGCGAAUAGGGAUGGUGUAAAUGAAGUGGUCUUUAAAUUAUUAUCAUGGCAUCUGUAGAUCUUCCUAGUGACAAAAACCUUCUAGAAAACUUACUUGCUCGAGCUACAAAUCCUUUGGAUUCAGUUCCUGAUUCUGAAGCUGUGGCAGAAUUUUGUUGUUUAAUUGACAAAGAACAUGAUGGUCCUCAAAAUGCCCUUAGACUAUUAUCACACAAAAUUCAAUCUCCCAUUGAAAAAGAAUCCUUAGCUGCACUAUUUGUUCUUGAGCAGUGUGUUCAAAGAUGUGGAAGUAGAUUUAGAUCUGAACUUGGAAAAUUUAGAUUCCUUAAUGAAUUGAUCAAAGUUGUGUCACCUAAAUAUUUAGGUAACCGUGCAUCUUUAUUAGUUAAACAAAAGAUUGUUGAAAUCUUAUUUCUUUGGAGUAAAGAAUUGAAAUCUGAACCUAAAGUACUUGAAGCUUAUCAAAUGCUUAAAAGGCAAGGAGUUGUAAUUGAAGAUCCAGUCUAUGUAUUAGAUAAUUAUGAGCCUUUGCCACCUCCACCCCCUAGACCAAAAAAUGCCAUUUUUGAAGAUGAAGAAAAAGCGCAGCAACUGCAAAAGUUACUGCGUAGUAAAAAUGCAGAAGAUUUGCAAGCAGCAAAUAGGUUAAUAAAAAACAUGGUUAAAGAGGCUGACAAAAAAAUGGAAUUGAUGGCUAAAAGAUCAACUGAGUUGGAAACAGUUCACAACAAUGCCAAUGUUCUAGCCGACAUGCUGCAACACUAUAGACCAGGUGAAACAUCAGAAGAGGAAAAAGAUUUAAUGAAGGAACUAUUCCAAAGCUGUGAGAGACUUCGGCCAAAGCUUUUUAGGCUUGCUGGAGAAUUAGAUGAAAAUGAUGAAGGUCUUGGUGAUAUUCUGAAAGCCAAUGAUGAACUUACUGUUGUGAUUAACAGUUACAAAAAAGUUAUGGGGUUAUCAUCAGGCAACGGAAAUUUAAAUCCAAAAGAGUCAUCUCUGCUAGAUUUGGGUUCUCCUGUGGCUGAGACUCACUCAAAAGAUCUAAGUUCAACUUUACUAGAUGAUCAAUUACUUGCUUUAGGUUUAAAUGAUCCUGUUGAAAAGCAAAGUGCAAUGCAACAAUCUAUUGGUCUCAAUGAAGUUAAUAGUACUUCUAAAACAAUUGUUUCUACAUCCUUAUCAGAAUUGGAUCAAAUAUUUUCUACACAAAACAGUGAACCAAAAUGUGACAUUAAAUUGCCUUUCUCUUCUGCAAAUCCAAACUCAACUAUGCAUGCAUCAACUACGAACUCUGUGAUAAAUGAUAGUUAUCGCGCCAACUUGUUUUUCAGUGGUGGUGAUAUAAAAAUGCCUUCCCUUACACCAUUGCAGUCUUCGCUUAGCAAGAUAUCUCACAGUGAACCUACUCCAAGUUCUGCACCUAUUCCAAUAUCUAAGGGGCUAGAGGAAUUAGACGAGUUAGGUCAAUCACUCCUGAAACAAAGCCUACCUGCAACAUCUGUAAAAUUUGAAUUUCCUAAUACACCCCAGAAAGUUCCAUUAAGUCAAAUGAAACAAGAACAGAAAGCCCAAAACAUUGAAAGUGUCUCAAACUCUUUGUCAUCUAAAUGUUCACUUAUUGAUUCCAAUAGUAUUAAAUCAUCUUCACCAGAUAGAUUAUCACCAUCGUCCAGUCCAGCUCAUAGUAUUUUGUCACUGAAAGAUAUGUUUGUGCCUCUGGAAUCUGUGCAACCCGGCUCUUUAUCGCCGUUGACAUUACAUGAAAAAAAUGGGUUGACUGUUGUGAUACAUUUUGGCAAAGACUCCCCUCAUGCUGAUGUAUCUGUAAUGGUUGUUUCUACUAUGAGCAAAAAUUCUAGUCCUGUAAAAAACGUUAGCUUUCAAGCUGCCGUUCCUAAGUCUAUGAAAAUUAAGCUACAGCCACCAUCUGCUACUGAUCUACCAUCUCAUAAUCCUAUACUGCCCCCUGCUGCUAUCACACAAGUUAUGUUGUUAGCUAACCCUCAGAAGGAUAAUGUUAGAUUUAAAUACAAAGUCAACUACACAAUUAAUGGGCAAGAUUUUACAGACGUAGGAGAAGUAGACAGUCUCUUAACUCAGCGGUGACGCAACCAAAAUAGUUUCAAGCAUGAAGUCUAUUCACAUCCAAAAAAUAUUGAAUUAUUAUUUGUACAGUGUAUGUAAACAUAUUAUAUUUAGCUGUUUGUUUUACCAACUAUACAAGAUUUUUACUUUUAAAAAUAAAUUUAAUUUUUUGAUCAAAUUAUCUUAUUUAUUCAAAAUGUCUUGAUUUUUUUUAAUACUUACAAUGCACAUUGCUGCUGUCUCCCCUCCCCCUCCUCUUUUUUUUGUAAUUAUAGUUUAAAUAAGAAGUUGCAGGCCAACAAAUGUUCAUUUUUUGCUUGAUUAGUUUUAUACCAGAAUUCAUGUGUGAUGUUUUAUUUACAAAGUAUUCAAGCAAAAUGGGGUUUUAGGUUUUUAAUUUCAUUUGCUGAAAUAUGAUGUGCGCUAGUGUUGCAAAAUAUAAUUGCUAAGAUUUAUGCUCUGCAUUCAUUUUUUAGACCCCCCCCCCUUUUUUUUGCUCAUUUUUUAAUACAAAAAAAAAAUUCGUCGGCAUGCUGUAUAUUUCAUGAUUUUGUGUUAAAAUGCAUCCCCCCCUGCCCUCUCCUUCUCCAUGCUAAAAGUUAUUUUAUUUUUAAAUUCAUCUUUUUGUGGCUAUAUUUUUCAUAAAUAAAUGUUUAUUUGUGCACAGAAUCAAAUUAGGUAUACAAGAACAAUUCAUAAAUUUGAAUUUGUAUGCGUGCUUAUCUGGUUUAAGAGUAUGGACUAAUAAGAAUGCCCCCAAGUAUGAAUCGCCGAUUAGAAUAAAACUUUGCACAUCAAUAGAACACUUUAAAAUAAUGAAUCUGUAUUUCUUCUUAUUGGCAACAAAAACCUUCAACGGGGGAAAUUUAUCCCUAAAUAUUGAAUAAUUAAGAAUUAGAGGGUAAAACACAUUUUAUUUUAAAGUUUAGUUAUGAAAAUUCAAAUAAUGACUGAAAUUUUGAAAAAACUUAACAAACUGAAGUUGACGUGUUUCAGGAUUUUUCUGAAAAUGCUAUUUAUAGGGGUAAACCAUCCCUCGCAAUCUUACCCCAUCUCAUGGCUAGCUGCCUAUGAGCAAUUAAUUCCAUGUCAGAAAAAUCACCUUCUUGACCUCACCAUUUCCGAUUUCAAUAAAAUUUGGCAUGAAGGACACACAUGACAAGAUAAGUAAUCCUGCUAAUUUUUAGUUUUCUACUUUGAAAAUUGUUUGUAAAAGAACUCAAAAUAUACAAAAAAAAAAAAAAGUGUGUUCUUACAAAUAAUUGAAACUUCUCUCCUAGUUAUAGCAAAUAGAAAAUGCAAAAAAUAUUAUACAGCUUAAAAAAAAAGCUUUCUACUGAUAUAUAACAUGAUUUUCUUACGAUAAAUA